GAGCCAGUAGAAGACUGUGUACAGAGCACACUCGCCGCUCUGUACCCUCCCUUUGAGGCCACAGCCCCCACCCUCUUGGGCCAGGUGUUCCAGGUGGUGGAGAGGACUUACCGGGAGGAUGCACUGAGAUACACGCUGGACUUCCUGGUACCCGCCAAGCACCUGCUUGCCAAGGUCCAACAGGAAGCCUGUGCCCAAUAUAGUGGAUUUCUCUUCUUCCAUGAGGGCUGGCCCCUCUGCCUGCAUGAGCAGGUGGUAGUACAGCUAGCAGCCCUACCCUGGCAGCUGCUGCGGCCGGGAGACUUCUACCUGCAAGUGGUGCCUUCAGCAGCCCAAGCACCCCGUCUGGCCCUCAAGUGUCUGGCCCCAGGGGGUGGGCGAGUACAGGAGCUUCCAGUGCCCAAUGAGGCCUGUGCCUACCUAUUCACACCUGAGUGGUUACAAGGCAUCAACAAGGACCGGCCAACAGGCCGCCUCAGUACCUGCCUGCUGUCGGCACCCUCUGGGAUUCAGCGACUGCCCUGGGCUGAGCUCAUCUGCCCACGAUUUGUGCACAAAGAGGGCCUCAUGGUUGGUCAUGGGCCAAGCACACUGACCCCAGAACUGCCCUCUGGACCCCCGGGGCUUCCCAGCCCUCCACUCCCCGAGGAGGCCCUGGGCACCCGGAGUCCUGGGGAUGGGCACAAUGCACCUGCUGAAGGACCUGAGGGCGAGUAUGUGGAGCUGUUGGAGGUGACUCUGCCCAUGAGGGGGACCCCGACAGAUGCUGAGGGCUCCUCAGGCCUCUCGAGGACCCAGACAGUACCCACUCGAAAAGGUGCUGGAGGGAAGGGCCGGCACCGGAGACACCGGGCAUGGAUGCAUCACAAGGGCCUGGGGCCACGGGAUCAGGAUGGAGCACGUCCACCCGGGGAGGGGAGCAGCACUGGAGCAUCCCCUGGGUCUCCCUUGGGAGCUGAGGCUCUCCCAGAGGCAGUCCUGAAGGUGUCCGAGCCCCCAACAGAGGCCCUUGGAGAAGCCUCUGACUCUUGCCCCCUGAGAACAGGAGAGGUUGGAGUAGGAGCAGGACAGGGGGCUGAAGGUCCACCUGGUACCCCUCGGAGAACAGGCAAAGGAAACAGGAGAAAGAAGAGAGCAGCAGGCAGAGGCGCUCUUAGCCGAGGAGGGGACAGUACCCCACUGAGCCCUGGAGACAAGGAAGAGACCAGCCACCAGGAAGCCCUUGUCAAUCUGCCCUCAUCACAUGAGCAUGAGCUUCCAGAAUGUAGCCUGUUUAAGGAGGAGCAUGAAGGCUCUGGGAAGCCAGAAUCUGAACCAAAAGAGGAGCUUGAACCAGCAGAUGAAAAAGAGUCUCAGCCCCCUGAAGCCUGUAGGUCUACAGAAGAGGGAGCCGGAGAGAGAGAGCAGGAGAGGCCGAGCCUGGAAUGUAUAGCAGGACACAUAGGUCCAGAGGGGCUCCUGUCCGACCCCCCAACAACACCCCUGGAGACUGUGCCGGAAGAAAGAGAGGAUAGCAUUCCAAAAGAGGCCCCUUCAGCCUCCAUCUCUGAUGACCCUGAUGUAGCGUGGGACCUGAUGGCAUCUGGAUUCCUCAUCCUGACUGGUGGGGUGGACCAGAGUGGGCGAGCUCUGCUGACCAUUACCCCACCGUCUGCUCCUGAGGAGCCCCUACCCUCCCGAGACAUGCUGAGCACUGCUCUUCAUUACCUCCACUCACUGCUCAGGCCUGAUCUACGAGUGUUGGGGCUAUCCGUCCUGCUGGACCUUCGUAAGUCACCACCGCUGCCUCCAGCACUCCUUCCUGUCCUGAGUCAACUUCAGGACUCAGGAGACCCUCCCCUCAUUCAGCGGCUGCUGAUUCUCACUCAUCAUGACCUUCCAACUGAACUCUGUGGAUUUCAGGGCGCUGAGUUGCUGUCAGAGAAUGAUCUGAAAAGAGUGGCCAAGCCAGAGGAGCUGCAGUGGGACUUAGGAGGUCACAGGGACCUAUCUCCCAGCUACUGGGUAGAGAUACACCAGGAAGUGGUGAGGCUAUGCCGUCUGUGCCGCGGUGUGCUGGGCUCUGUUCAGCAGGCCAUCAAGGAGCUGGAGCGAGCAGUGGAGCCAGAGGGAGAGGAGGUGGAGGGAAUGCCGGAGCCUCUGCAGAAGGUGCUGGCGGAUCCCCGGCUGACAGCACUGCAGAGGGAUGGGGGAGCCAUCCUGAUGAAGCUGCGCUCAACCCACAGCAGCAAGCUGGAGGGCCCAGGCCCAGCUACACUAUAUCAGGAGGUGGAUGAGGCCAUUCACCAGCUCGUGCGCCUCUCCAACCUGCAUGUACAGCAGCAGGAGCAGCGGCAGCGUCUGCACAGACUCCAGCAGGUGUUGCAGUGGCUGUCAGGCCCAGGGGAAGACCAGCUAGCGAGUUUCGCUGUGCCCGGGGACACCCUCUCUGCCCUGCAGGAGACAGAGCUUCGAUUCCGGGCUUUCAGCACUGAGGUCCAGGAGCGCCUAGCCCAAGCACAAGAAGCCCUGGCUCUGAAAGAGGAUGCUGCCUCCCAGAAGGUUCUGGAUAUCUUUGAACACCGGCUAGAACAGGUCGAGAGUGGCCUCCAUAGGGCCCUGCGUCUGCAGCGCUUCUUCCAGCAGGUACACGAGUGGGUGGAUGAGGGCUUUGCUCGGCUGGCAGGAGCUGGGCCAGGUCGGGAGGCUGUCCUGGCAGCACUGGCCCUGCGGCGGGCCCCGGAGCCCAGCGCUGGCACCUUCCAGGAGAUGAGGGCGCUAGCCCUGGAUCUGGGCAGCCCAGCAGCCCUGCGAGAAUGGGGCCGCUGCCGGGCCCGCUGCCAAGAGCUGGAGAGAAGGAUUCAGCAACAGCUGGGAGAGGAGGCGAGUCCCCGGGGCCACAGGCGACGACGGGCAGACAGUGCCAGCAGUGGAGGGGCCCAGCGAGGUCCCCACAGCCCCUCACCCAGCCUGAGCUCCCUGCUGCUCCCUGGCAGCCCUGGACCACGGGCAGCCCCGUCCCAUUGCUCCUUGGCCCCAUGUGGAGAAGACUAUGAGGAGGAGGGCCCUGAGCUGGCCCCAGAAGCAGAUGGCCGGCCCCCAAGAGCAGUGCUGAUCCGAGGCCUGGAGGUCACCAGUACUGAGGUGGUAGACAGGACGUGCUCACCAAGGGAACAUGUGCUGCUGGGCCGGGCCGGGGGCCCAGAUGGACCCUGGGGAGUAGGCACCCCCCGGAUGGAGCGCAAGCGAAGCAUCAGCGCCCAGCAGCGUCUGGUGUCUGAGCUGAUUGCCUGUGAGCAGGAGUAUGUGGCUACUUUGAGUGAGCCAGUGCCACCCCCUGGGCCUGAACUGACUCCUGAACUUCGUGGCACCUGGGCUGCUGCCCUGAGUGCCCGAGAGAGGCUUCGAAGCUUCCACCGGACACACUUUCUGCGGGAGCUUCAAGGCUGUGCCACCCACCCCCUGCGCAUUGGGGCUUGCUUCCUUCGCCAUGGGGACCAGUUCAGCCUUUACGCCCAGUAUGUGAAGCACAGACACAAACUAGAGAAUGGUCUGGCUGCGCUCAGCCCCCCGACCAAGGGCUCCCUGGAAGCCGGCCCUUACCUGCCCCGGGCCUUACAGCAGCCCCUGGAGCAGCUGGCUCGGUAUGGGCGGCUCCUGGAGGACCUCCUAAGGGAAGCUGGGCCUGAGCCGAGUUCUGAGCGCCAGGCCCUUGGGGCUGCUGUGCAGCUGCUCCGGGAACAAGAGGCCCGUGGCAGAGACCUGCUGGCAGUGGAGGCGGUGCGUGGCUGUGAGAUAGAUCUGAAGGAGCAAGGACAGCUGUUGCACCGGGACCCCUUCACUGUCAUCUGCGGCCGAAAGAAGUGCCUUCGCCAUGUCUUUCUCUUUGAGCAUCUCCUCCUGUUCAGCAAGCUCAAGGGCCCUGAAGGGGGGUCAGAGACUUUUGUUUUCAAGCAGGCCUUUAAGACUGCUGACAUGGGGCUGACGGAAAACAUUGGGGAUAGUGGACUCUGCUUUGAGCUAUGGUUUCGGCGGCGGCGUGCACGAGAGGCAUACACUCUGCAGGCUACCUCACCAGAGAUCAAACUCAAGUGGACAAGUUCCAUUGCCCAGCUGCUAUGGAGACAGGCAGCCCACAACAAGGAGCUCCGAGUUCAGCAGAUGGUCUCCAUGGGCAUUGGGAACAAACCCUUCCUGGACAUCAAAGCCCUUGGGGAGCGGACACUGAGUGCCCUGCUCACUGGAAGAGCCGCCCGCACCCGGGCCUCCGUGGCCGUGUCAUCCUUUGAGCAUGCCGGCCCCUCCCUUCCCGGUCUCUCACCGGGAGCCUGUUCCCUGCCUGCCCGCGUCGAGGAGGAGGCCUGGGAUCUGGACGUCAAGCAAAUUUCCCUGGCCCCAGAAACACUUGACUCUUCUGGAGAUGUGUCCCCAGGACCAAGAAACAGCCCCAGCCUGCAACCCCCCCACCCUGGGAGCAGCACUCCCACUCUGGCCAGUGGAGGGAUCUUAGGGCUAUCCCGGCAGACUCAUGCCAGAGCUCUGAGUGACCCCACCACGCCUCUGUAACCUGGAGAAUAUCCAGAACUUGGCUGCAACCCCUCCUCUCAGCAUAUUUUGGACUGGGAUGACAAUGGGACAUAACAGAGGACUGGACAAGCACUGAAUUUCUUCCCUCUGCUUCCCAGACAUAGAGGAGAUCUAAGGACCAGAGAGCAUGACCCUGCUACUGCUGUCUCUAGUCUCUCCAGCUUGGUGCCUUCUCCUGCAGGAACCAGAAUGGCCACAUUGCUUGCCUUCACAUCCUGGAGCCAGGGAAAUUAUCCCUUUCAGUCCUUUCCAAUCCUCAAGCCAGCACUCUCAUGCCAGCCCUCCCUGACAGCCUAUGUUCUCUUCUUACCCCACCAACUCUCCCAGAGAACAUUUAUCUCUACCAGGUCAACUGGAGUUCCUGGUGACUCCAUUCUGGGGUAUCACUGGAAAUGGGAGCUAUGCAAACCAUUACAGGAGGGUGGAGUAGGGAAUUACAGACUUUAUAUAUGUAAUUACUGUUAUUAUAAUACUAUUGUUAUAUUAAAUGUAUUUACUCACA